AUGGCAAAGCAACCUUCAGAUGUAAGUUCUGAGUGUGACAGAGAAGGUGGACAAUUGCAGCCUGCGGAGAGGCCCCCGCAGCCUCCCCAGCUCAGGCCUGGGGCCCCUACCUCUCUGCAGACAGAGCCUCAAGGUAAUCCUGAAAGUGAAGGGGACCGCUGCCCCCAGGGCAGCCCUCAGGGCCCUUUGGCCCCACCUGCCAGCCCUGGCCCUUUUGCUACCAGAUCCCCGCUUUUCAUCUUUGUGAGAAGAUCCUCCCUGCUGUCUCGAUCCUCCAGCGGGUAUUUCUCUUUUGACACAGACAGGAGCCCGGCACCCAUGAGUUGUGACAAAUCAACACAAACCCCAAGUCCUCCUUGCCAGGCCUUCAAUCAUUAUCUCAGUGCAAUGGCUUCCAUGAGGCAGUCUCAGGCUGUACCUGCAGAUAUGCGCCCGGAAAUAUGGAUUGCACAAGAGUUGCGGCGUAUUGGAGACGAGUUUAAUGCCUAUUACACAAGGAGGGUGUUUUUGAAUAAUUACCAAGAAGCCGAAGACCACCCCCAAAUGGUUAUCUUACGAGUGUUGCGUUAUAUCAUCCGCCUGGUGUGGAGAAUGCAGUGA